AUGUCCAAUCUCUCCGAUCCCUUGCCCGUCAUCCUAUGCGGCCAAUCAACCAAAAUCGGAAAGCCCGUAGCAGAAGCCAUGCUACCCGAAAUCGAAGUGAUCCACUUUAUCCAAACCAAUGAAGCGGCUCUGGCGGAGAUUCCCCACCUGCUCGCUGGGCGGGACCCCCAGUCCCCCCACGAUAACGGGGUCGGCUCGGGGAACUACAGCCAGCCGGCUCGUGCGGUCAUCCUUGGCCAUGGAUAUUCUGUAACCGAUGUUGAGGCUUUCCGGGCUGCGUGUGAAGGUGUUAAUCAGGAACCUGUUGUUUGGGUUCUUAGUGAUCCGGCGAAGCAGCGUGCUCCAGAUGCGUCGCCGCCUGGGGAAGGAUAUGCUAAGGUUGCUGCGCAGCUUGCGAAGGAUAUCAUUGUGAAGUGGAAGGAGGAUGGAGCUGAUAAGGAUGAGGUUAUUUUCUUUUAA